AUGACCUAUUCAAAUUCAUGUAUAAUAAUAUUCUCACUGAUAUCAUUGAUAUUCUUCAUUAUUUUAACAUUUGACACCACUUCACAUUUAUCAAAAAACAAGAUUAAUAAGAAAUACAACGUUUCUAAAGAUGUUCCACAUUACUUUUCUAAUGGGAAAAUAAAUGUUGAAAAUUUCAAUUAUUCAGGCAUAUGUCAUGAAGUGUUCAAAUACAAACCACACAACAAAAAAGAUCUUUGGCUGUCUGCUGUUGGUUUUAAAGACAUCAAUUACUGGAGAAAAAUAAGAGCCGACACAAUACUCUCAAUGGGACUCGCCAAAUCAUCAAUACCACAUGCCGACAAAGUCGUAUUGUUACUUGAAGGUCUUGAAAUUCCAGAGUUUUUCAAGAUUUCUGAUGCCAAUGGAUUUAAAGUUGUUAAAAUGAAAAUCACAACAAACGUGACAGGACAAGACGCGACAAGGCGGUUUAUUGCAUUUGAAGAAUUUAUGAGAGAAAAUCGUCACAAAUAUGAGAGGGUGUUAGUCAGUGACCAACGAGAUGUUUUUAUAUUUGCGGACUUCUUCUCCACUUUUAGUGAAGAACAAAUCAACUUUGUUGCUGAGUGUAAUUACGAUCAAAUAAAUUGUAUUGAUUUCACAGAACGAGGAAAUUUCAAUGUGAUGAAUUACACAUAUGGAAAACGUGUUUCUGAAGAGUUCCGAAGCAACAAGUCGUUAUUGGUCAACGUUGGCACUGUCUUUGGUGGGUCUGAAAAGGUGUACCAAUAUUUGAAGUUGUACAAAGACAACAUUGAUACAACUAAGUGGAAGAAAUGGUUCUACGAUCAGAUUCUGCACAACCACAUCUACUAUUCUUAUUACUACAAUAGACCAGAAACUAACAGCACUCUUGAAAGGUGCACACAAAGAUUCUGUUUUAGAGAAAGAGGAACAGCUACUUAUGAUGUGUCUAAAAAGAAGCUGUUUACAAGUGUGACGGGAUGCUCACCUGUGUUGAGGCACAAAUAUCUGGCAAAAGGGUUUUCCAUUGACAAUGAUGGGUAUUCAACAAAAAUAAAGGAUGUUAAAUGA